UUCAUUCAUUUGUCAUUUCAUUUCACCUCUGACAUUAAAGGGUUGAAGGCACUUGAUUUUCUGUCAUUUUUUGUUGUGACUUGUGUGAGUUUUGUUGUGUAAAAAUCUAAAUUACAAUUAAAUCAAUAUUACUGGUGUAUAAGCAAGUUGUAAAUAGGUUAUAACAAUGACGGAAGUUUUGCCAGUUGAAGAAAACAGAGAAGACCGUGUGGCAUCUAUUCUAAAGGGCUUUCAAGUGAACUGGAUGAACUUGCGAGAUGCAGAUACUGGCAAGAUCCUUUGGCAGAAUAGCGAAGACAUGUCAAACCCUGACAUAGAGCAUGAGGCACGCGUGCCUAAGCGCAUCCUGAAGUGCCGCGUCGUGUCUCGAGAAAUGAACUUCAGCUCCAUAGAAUCUAUGGACCGGUUCCGUUUAGAACAGAAAGUUCUAUUCAAAGGUCGAUGCUUAGAGGAAUGGUUCUUCGAGUUUGGCUUCGUGAUCCGCAAUUCUACAAACACGUGGCAGUCUGUUAUCGAGUCUGCUCCUGAAUCUCAGAUGAUGCCAGCUAAUGUACUCAAUGGUAACGUCGUCAUUGAAACAAAGUUUUUUGAUGGAGAUCUGCUGAUUACAACAUCGCGCGUCCGGCUGUUCUACAUUUAAUGUGUAUGCACCACAAACAAAGCAUUUACUAGUCAAACCUACUUUUAAUGCAUUUCCUCUACAACUCUAUUUAGUUUGUUUAUGACUCGUUACUAUAUGUCAUCCAUUUGGUUCAAAAUCACAAGUGACCUUAAAUUGGGUUUCAAAAUUAGUCCCUGUUGAUUUUUAAAGGCUUACAAGUAAUUUUUAAAUAAAUAACGAUGCAUUCCUUUACUUAAUUAACUAAUAAUCUCAAAUGACCCAUGUAAGCCUUUAAAAAUGGAAAAUGUCAAUUGUAAAAGUAUUUCUAUACUUACUGUACCUACCUAUUUGUAACUUUUGUAUUAUUUUUAUAAGAAGCAUUUCUCUAUUGUACCUAAGUAAUAGCUGCGGAUUUUUGUACUGUUAUAAUAAUAGUGAUUAAUUUAUUGACCUAAAACACUUAUGCAUCUCAAACUUGCUUUGUCAAAGCACUUUUAGAAUAAAUGAUAUUUUGUUUAAGAAAUUUUAUGAGUAUUUAGUAAAUAUCACAAAACCCGG